AUAGAAAGCUAUAACCCUUCUGUUGGUAUGCAUCAUUUUAGUGUAAACCUGUCGUCUACCAAGCUGUCAAAAAAAAGCAUGCCUCUAUCGACCUUGGCCAGAGAUCUCUGUCAAUUAUUCUGUACCCCAUAUUUGUUAUGGAUGGAGAUCUCCGGCCAUUUUAACCCCAGUCGAUAAGCAGUUUUUUUUUAACGAAAUUACACAUUACAAAAAUACUUAUAAUAUGGAUUCAACAUUAAUUUGAUUGUGAAUAGUCUAUACCUAAUGAAGUAAUGAUUAAAUGAAUUUCAUAAUUCAACAUUUGCAACUGUACCAAUAUCAGUUGAUUUAUUUUUUAUUUACAUAGGAAAAAGUUAUGCAUGGUAUUCUUUUUACGUAGGUAAAUUGGAUCAGUUGGUUGGUAAUAUUGACUUUAAAAUGAUAAUGAUUGAAUAACGUCAGUUUGAAAUUGAUUUUAUGAUAAAGUAAAUAUUAUCGGAGAUGAUCGCUCUUAAAAAAUAUAUGUUGCUAGUCAUUUAUAACCUAAAAGCGCCAAAUUACGCAAAAUUAUAUUGAAAUGACACCUGUGUAUUGAAUUUGAAGAAUACUUUAACAAGGGUAGUUAUCUGUAUGACAAUGCACCUAAAAUAAUUUUCAAAUGUAUCUAUUAUUUCUAUACUUAACACGAUAACGAAUUCUACGUAAACGAAACCGCGGGCAAUCCCUAGUACAUAUAGAAAUAAAUAAGGAAAGGUAAGUUUCCAUUAGUGUACUGUGUAAAAUAACUAUUUACCAUUGAUAAUAAUUUUAUAAAAGCUUUGCGUAUUUAAUAUAAUAUAAUACGAGUCAAAGUAUAAAAAAGGGUAGGCAAAUAAAACUGUCAACACAUCAGCUGUAAUUAAAUAUUAAUUUUAUUAUUACUGUGAAUUAUAUGGGCUAAUAAGUAAAUUUUUUUAAUGUCAACUUAACAUCUAUACCUACCAGCAGUUAUCUCCAUUCACAAUUUACAAAUAAAAUUCCUCCACUUCACUCAAGAUCAACAUAACCUAAAAGUCAACACAAAAUGGACUCUGUCAAGCAGUCUAUAGAUGAAAUGACUAAGAACUUCAAUGAGCAGAUGGCGACCUUCCAGAGCCAGCUUGAGAAGACUGCUCCGACGAACCCCACCGCUUCAUUGCUAGCGGCAGAGUUCAGUGCCUUUAAAAAUUUUACAAUAAAGGCACUGGAAACACUGCAGUCUCAGGUGAAGCUGCUGGCCAAGCAGGUGGACCAGCAGGAAAUGAGGACUCGUCGUAAAAUGCUCCUCUUCCAUGGUGUGGCUGAGGCCAAAGAUGAGAACACAUCGGAACGGGUGCUUGAACUACUCAAGAAGCACUUGAAGUCCGACCUGGCUCUAAAGGAUAUUGCCCGCAGUCAUCGCAUGGGCCGGCCGCGAGGCAACCAAUCUCGGUGCAUUCUUGUGAAGUUUCGUGACCUCUCUGACCGUGACACGGUGUGGUAUGCCAAAACUGCACUGAAGGGAACGGGUAUUACACUAUCUGAAUUCCUAACGAAGCCCCGGCAUGAUGUGUUUAUGGCGGCCCGGGAUCGUUUUGGAGUGCGUGGCUGCUUCACUCGUGAUGGAAGUGUUUUUGUCAUUUAAUUAGACAAUUGACUAAUGUUGAGACAGCUCGCCUUGUUUAUUAUAGUUAUUUUCAUAGUGUAAUGUCAUAUGGUAUUCUGGUUUGGGGCAAAGCAGCUGACAUACAGACUAUAUUUGUCUUACAAAAGAGAGCCAUUCGUUCUAUAUAUAAUUUAAGGGUGCGUGAAUCAUUAAGAGAACUUUUUAAAGAAAUUAAUAUUUUAACUGUAGCUUCCCAAUACAUAUAUGAUAGUAUUAUUUAUGUUGUUAAGAAUCUAGACUCCUUCACUAAGAAUUCUGAUGUCCAUAACUAUAAUACUAGAAAUAAAAAUAAGCUUGCUAUCAGAAAGUUUCGUGUUCGUAAAGUACAGAAGUCAUUCGUUGGGCAAUGCAUUCAUUUUUAUAACAAGUUACCUGAGGAUGCUUUAAGAUUACCCUUUCCAGCUCUUAAGAAUUACUUAAAAAAGUCAUUGAUGUUGAAGGCUUAUUACAGAGUCGAGGACUACUUGACAGACAAACAUGCAUGGUCCAAACCAGAAACUGUAAUAACGACAAGUAGCAAUUAAAAACAUUGUAUUAUGUGUAGAGUUAAAGGUGACUCAGCUCAGGUAAGAAAGCACAUCAAAUUGUAUGAAAACAUCUCAUAACAAUCAGUUAGAUUCAUAUAAUAUGUAUUCUCAUUUCUUUUAUUGAUUUUAUUUUCUUUUCCUUUUGUAAGAUUUGAUUUGUUUUCUGAAAGAGCUACGUAUUUGUGAUUUCAUGUGCAUAUAUGUUUAUUUUUUAUAUCAAAUUCUAUAAAGUUAUGUACUCACUGAGUAUAAUUGCAUGAAUUCUAUAGUAAUUUAAAUUGUAUUAAUUACUCGUAAUGCAUGUUAAUUAUAAGAUGUAAUAAUGUUUUGAAAAGAUGUGUCCCGCCGAGUUUGUUGCCGGUCCCAUAUUGGGAUACCCUCCUCCAAUUGAGGGGGGAUUUAAAUCUUCUCGGGGCAGAGGUGUACGGUUGGAGCCGGUAAAGGUUUAUUUGACGUUCAUAAGCGCAUUGUAAUAUGCCUACUUGAAUAAACUAUUUUUUAUCUUAUCUUUUAUCUUAUCUUAUCAUCGCUGCGAACGGUGAACGCCGCUGCGUGGCAUCUCUCGAGGACGUGAAUAAAAUCCAAGUGGACGCUGAUGCUAAGGAGGCAGAGCCCGGGACUUCUUCGAACCAGUCGGACAAAGAGGCUAAGAGGCCCCGAAGGCAAGCAGCGAAGUUGCGCACUUAGUACCUAUUACAGAAUCAUAUUACUUUCUUCCUUCCAUAUUUAUUACUCCGGACAAGUUUUCUUUUGAUUCGUUUUUGUAUUACUUUCAUCCUUAGCCGUAUAAUGUGUUAUUUUUCGUACCCACUUUUCACUAUUGUAAUUACUUGCAUAUCACUCAUUUUGUUGUUAAAUUAAAUUAAGGUAUUUUGUGGUUAUAUAUCUGACACUUGACAGUGACAGUACUGACAUUUCUUUUUAAUUUUUAUAUUGUUGCCAGUGUUUAAAGUAACGUUACGUUACUAAUAACGUUUUUUAGAUCGUUUUUUUUUUCUGU